CUUAACUCAUUGGAUGCCAUUGAUGGUGCUAGGUAUCAUAUAGUACGUUCAGUUAAUGAGACUACUUCCAAAAACCAAUUAAUUUGUUUGUAUCUGUAUUUUCUUAUUUUAAAUAGUCUUUGCAACACAUAGACACACCGGAUGAAACCUUUCACAUUAAAUCAGCAUCUGGGCUGUGUGCUUUUAUUGUGAAGGGGUAGUAGCUCUACUGCAUCUUGACGCAGCCGGGGCUUUGUGUGAAUGUGCGUGCAUUGUGCGCGCGUUUGGUAGACAGGCAGAAGCCAUCCCAGCAGACUGAGCACAGUGCAGACCGCACGAGCCAUAACGACACUGGAUGAUUACCACCAGCAAGCGCAGUCCUACGGUGCGUCCAGAAGAGGGCAGCGUAUUACCGAGCCCAACCGCCGUCCCGUUAGGUCCUAGGGCUGUGAAUGCUGUCAAGAUCACGCCUCUGUCAACCAUGAAAGGAUCCCCUGACCUGAUUCCUUCUGCAGACCUGGAUCCCAGCAGGGUGUGCAAAGGGAAAGGAGUGGUGACACUGAGGGCCACUCUCGUCCACUUUGAUGAGGAAGGCAACAGCAGUGAGGGGUCCGGCGCCCUUGGAACACCAAGUAUCUGCGCAAGCCAGAUGAAUGGAGGAUUGGCUGAGGGAGGUGGUAACGUCACAGCUGAAUUCAAUCCUGUAAACCACAGCCACUGCCAGGCCAAUUCACCAGAAAGUAUAAAAGAAAAUCAGGCUCCAGCUACAUGUGACAAAAACAAUUGUUUCCCAUCAUCCCCCAGCUCCAUCUAUCCAUGCACUAGCACAGUUAAUCCCACAAUAGUUUUGCUGCAACACAACAGAGAGCAGAAAAAGCAUCUUUCUCACUUGAAAGACCCCACCCCAGAAAGAGACAAAAGCCCUGAUCCUGGGAGAGACUUGGUCAGUUCACUUGCAGACAUGGAUGGCAAAAGGCAGCGACUGUCGCUGCACUCCCCCGUUCUCAGUCCACUCAACAGGCCCAUUGUACCAGUACGGACCACUGAAAAAUCCAAAGACUGGUACAAGACAAUGUUCAAGCAGAUUCAUAAGAUACCAGAGCCUAUUGAGGAAAACCCAUACCGCCCUACCUACAUAUUCCCUGAAAACUAUGACAUUCACGUGAAAUCAAAAGAGAAUGGUCCAAACCCCUUUAGCUACUUGGAAGAUGUAAAAGGUGUGCCAAGAUCUCAGAGUGAUGCAAAUGUUGGUUCAAGAGCGAGGUCAGUGCCAGUGCCAACACGGUCCUCAUCACUCAAGCCUUCUGCUAAGAGAAAUGAGUGGGAGCCCCCGGAUAAAAAGGUCGACACCAGGAAGUAUCGCGCCGAGCCCAAGAGCAUCUUUGAGUAUGAGCCGGGGAAAUCAUCGGUACUGAAACUGGAGAGAACGACUCAGGAUGUAUGUCUGGAAGAUGUAGAUUUAGAGAAUGAGCCAUGGUAUAAAUUCUUUUCAGAGAUGGAGUUUGACAAAGCGAGUGCCCCCUCCUUCAGCCCCCUGGAAACAGCCUCCGACCGGAAGAACUACACCUCAAGCAAGUCUGGACACAAUGAGGUGGAGAAAGAUGGAGGUUCAUCAGAAAAUGAGCCUGUGGCUCCAGAAUCUGACCGACAUGUUUACAAGACUGUUCUGGAAGGUGGCGAUAUUCCCUUACAAGGUCUACGAGCCCUAAAUAAGCGCCAUGGCAGCUCGUCCUCCUCUAAAGUGGAUUAUAAAGGUGGGAAUGGCUGUAUAGAUUCACCCUGCUCCUCUAAAAAUAGUCGAUCGGUUCUCACCGGUAAUGCAAUAGCUAACCAAUGUAAGAAUAAGAAGCCUCUUUCUGCUGCCAAAGCCUGCAUACCUCAAAUCCUGCCGUCCAAAUUCAAGCCCAAGUUGCUGCCGCCUGGUGGUGAAAUCCAAGAAAGCAGGACACAACCUGUGAAGCAACCAAAGGCACACAGCUGUGAGGACCUGUACACAAGUUCUGAUCAAGACCAAGUUGGGACAGAGAAAGAGUGCUGUCGGUAUUCAGGUUCCUUUGAAACUUCCCCUACAGUUAAGAGAAGCACGUCAGAGUUUUCUAGCCUGUACAGGAUCAUGCAUCACAUCCAGAGGCCCAGCUCAGUGGGUAGCAGCCCCCAAGGAAGCGUUCGUAAUUUGGCGUAUCUCUUCGAAGGGCCAAAGGCUGACAGGGGUGAAAAGUCAGAGGCCGACAUUCCACGGGACACUGUUUUGUCACGGGUCACCGAGUUUGAAAUGUUCAUUCAACAGUCCACUUUGACACCUAGUCGUUCCUCCUCCUUGCCUACGUUGAACUCCAACUCCAACCGCAGCCCAGAACACUGUGCCUCCCUCUGCCUGCCCUCUGCGGUGUCAGCUGAGAGUCUGUCAGUGGUCGACACAUCCCACACAGAUGCAUGUUCCCCUGCGGAGACAGGUGGAAAGGACAUAGCGGAAGCCUUGCCAUCAGGUGCUGAAACUGUACAGAAAGACGGAGACCAUUUUAGGGUGGAGUCAGCUUCUAGUACUGAUCCAGAAGUUGUGCAGAUCUUCAAGACGAGCUCCCCAGAUCACGUCCUCUGUCCUUCCACUUUGCCUCCAAUAUCUUUCCCACUUCACCACCACCAUCUACACCAUCUAAACCACCAUAACUUCCCCCUUAAACCUACAAAAUGCAAAGGCUCCUGUCCAGCUUCCUACACCCGCUUCACUACUAUUCUCCGGCAUGAAAGGCAGCAAGCCACAGUCCAUCGAGAGAAACCGCCAACAGAGAAAAAGACCAUGCUGCCUGGAAAUCUCUUGCUCAUGGGCCCCGCCCCUUUCAGAGUACGGAAGAACCUCCACUCCCAAAAGCCACGGAGGACACUUUCAGCCACCAAAGUGAUAACAGGCAUUCACUGCACAUCUCCAGAACCCAGACCUUCCAUACCUCUGCGUCUAUCCUCCCUGGAGGUCCUGGAGAGGCUGAGUAGCGGAGAUGCAGACAACUCUGAGCAGCUGAGUAAUGGACAGGGCUUGGACGCCAACGGGAACCUCCUGCAGCCGCUGGCAGCUCACCACAGAGACCCAUCCCCAGCACAUGGUGAAAGUCAGGAUGAAGUUCUGAGGAGGCGCCAUGGAGACAAAGAGAAAAUGUUGGAGGAGCAGCGGCGGCUUAAGCGGGAACAGGAAGAAGCUGACAUAGCGUCCAGGCGUCACACUGGCAUUGUCCCGACACAUCACCAGUUCAUCACCAAUGAGCGCUUUGGAGACCUGCUCAACAUUACAGAUAACACAGAGAAACGGAAAUCAGGCAUUGAGAGAACUCCAGCCAUGGCACGCUUUGAUUUCAGAGCGGAAACGCUGAAGGAGUUACCCUUUCAGAAGGGAGACAUCGUGUACAUCAUUAGACAGGUAGAUCAGAAUUGGUAUGAAGGGGAACAUCAUGGAAGAGUUGGGAUUUUCCCUCGAAGUUACGUUGAGCUCCUGCCCCCCACUCAGAAAGCACAGCCUAAGAAAAGUGUGCCAGUGCAGGUGCUGGAAUACGGAGAUGCUAUUGCUCGCUUUAACUUCGCGGGAGAUACGGUAGUGGAGAUGUCUUUCAGAAAGGGAGAAAGGAUUACGCUGAUUCGGAGAGUGGACGAAAACUGGUAUGAAGGCAAAAUCUCAGGCACAAACCGCCAAGGAAUCUUCCCUGUCACUUAUGUCGAAGUGCACAAACGGCCACGUGUGAAAAAUGGCUUGGAUUACCCGGACCCUCCACUUUCUUCCUCGCCACAGCGCAGCACUAAUGCUUCCCCUCAAUUGUAUCGUAAUCGGCUGACCACUUCACCGCUGCCCCUCCCUCGCUCCCCCUGCCGGUCUGUGUCCCCUGAGGUCCACGCUGUCUCCUCUGAGUGGAUCUCUCUGACCGUGGGCGGUGGAAGCCCACCCGCUGCCCCAACGCCCCCUUUGCCUCCUCUGCCCUCUGUGUCUUACCGGUGCGGCGAAUACCUGCCCCCUCCAUACUCUGCCAGCCCUGUGCCACCCAUCACCGGCAGCCCAUAUUGCAUCUCUCCCAUGACCUCGCCAUCUGCCUCUCCUCUACCCCCACCGUACCCACCCAGGCCCAACUCCGCAACUCCUUUCCUCACUUUCACUCCUCCUCAAGGGGAGAGUUUCCUGCUCUCACCACCAUCAUCACAUCUGUCACGUAGCAUUAGCCCUUGUGGUGGGCCAGUGUUGGAGGGUUGGCUGGAAGGUGCAGAGGGGAACGGGGGUUGUGCCGUCCCUGGGAACAGACAAAAUAGCCCCGCAGAGCUACCGCCAAAUGACGUUGAUCACCACGGACGGAAUUCCAGAAGCCCUGUAAUGCUGUUUGAUAUCCACGAUAACAACAACAUGAACUCAUUGGCAGAGGCAGUGUGUAAUGAGAUCUUGAAUAUAGCUGAGACCUCAGUGAGGUACUGCAGCAAGUUUUCCCACCACCCUCUCAACGCACUUCACAGACUGCACUCCCACCCCAGUAAACAAUCUCUCAUCAUUUCCCAGCAACCCCUGUCCCACAGCAGCAGCCCAGAGCCAAGCCGUCUCAACGGUGGAACCUUCCAAGCUCUGUACAGUUACGCGCCGCAGAACGAAGACGAGCUCGAGCUGCAAGAGGGAGAUCUCGUCAGCGUCAUGGAGAAAUGUGAUGACGGCUGGUUUGUUGGUACCUCCAAGAGGACAAAUCAGUUUGGGACUUUUCCUGGGAAUUACGUAAAGGAGGUGAAACUGUAAAGCAACUGUAACACACGUUUGCUUGUAAUGCUUUGGACGUGUGUUAGGGUAGUCACUUAUCCAAAUUUAAUAGUUCAUUCUUAAGAAUGUAAAAUUGCACAGUUAAAAUUGUACAGUAUACGCAAUGCCCAAACAAAAGCAUGAUUUAUACACAUGCUGGUCUCUAUAUGAGUAUAUUCUUUGUGGAAAUAUACGUCAACAUAUUUUUCAUCAUGCACAUACAAGCUUCCAAUCACUUCAUGUAAUUUACACUACAUAUGUUUAUGUAGCACCUCUGACUAAAUCCAGCAGCACACCAGAUGAUGAAUGACGCAAUAGAUUUUGUUACCUGAACUGGAUUUAGGGUCUUUUUUGGGGGGUCUUUUAGCUGAAAAGUCAGCAUUGCUAAAACAUUCACAGUGUAAAAUGUUUUCCCAACCUUUAUCUCACUUGUGCAUGCUUGGAAUUUUUUUUUUUCCAAAUAUGCUUCCGCCUUCUAUUUUUCUCAGCAACCACGUCUAACACAAUCGAAGCACAUGUUUAACAGUAACAAAUAUCUCAUCAUAGCAGAAGUCAACUGUGUAAAUAUUUCCAGACACUUUAUCCUUUUAUACCUCGUUUUAAAGCAUUAGCAUGUUUACUGACACUUGGCACAGUAAACAUACCGUGUCAUGGUAACCACAGGACAGGCGUGGUAGCAUGUAACAUCCUGCUGGGUAAUUUUGGAAAAUCCAACCAAACCAAACAACCACAGGAUUAAUCAUGAACAUUUUGAGGCUAACAGUGUCUCUCAGAAAAUAGUGAUUUUCAAAGCAUCGUGAGAUUCACACUACAGUAUUUUCUGGACUAUAUGUUGGUUUUAAGUCGAUCUCGUCAAAAAAAUGCGUCAUGAUGGCAAAAAAACAUAGACUAAUAAAGUCACAUUUUGAGGAGUAAAAUGUUUGUCCUUCGCCAAGUAACGAUACACAGUAACUAGUAUUACUUCAAAAUAAUUGUAUGGUUGCUUUACUCAACGUAGCACAGCCACGCAGAGCUAAUGCUAAAGAGAGAUUCCUUUAGAUUAGCUAGCUUCAACGUUGCAGCAACUCAGCUCAACACAGGCCACUUUGUCUGCUUUUUUUCCAACUUUUGUAUCUUGUACGCUGCCUUGUACUCAUAGUUUUUGGUAACUCACAGCUGUUCUGUUACCUUAGCCCAAGGGUCCCCAACGACCGGGCUGCGGACCGAUACCGGUCCGUGGCGCAUUUGGUACCGGGCCGCGCAGAAUUAAUAAUAAUAAUUAUCAUUAUUAUUAUUAUUAACGACUGAGUUCUGGCCGAUUGACUUUGGCCUGUGCCGCUUAACACACCAAUAUUUCUGUCUACUCUAGAUAUACAACUACAGAAUGGGAGGUCGUCAUAGAAAUGCAUUGAUUGGACUGUUAGCAGUACGUCAUGUUCUGUAUAUGUAUGUACGCUUGGCCUCGAUAAUAACGUAUGACGUAGGUUGUCGCCCAUUACAUUUGUUCCCGGAAAUAAUUAGUCCCCACACUAGAAUGACUGAAAAACACGUCUUUGGACAAAUUUUUUAAGGGGAAAAGGGAACCUGACGAGCCAAAAGAUGAGCCUGCAACCUUGAAGAAAACAAAAUCUAUGCUACUUCCCAAUCACUAAUGACCCACAAACUGCGGAGUGGAUUCGUGAACCAUAUGUGAAAAAACCGAGUGAUUCGAGCAUGUCUGUGCAACAGGAAUAUCAGCUUGUAAAGAUCACAAAUCACGGCGACCUUAAACAUACGUUUGAGACAACAACUCUACCGAGGUUCUGGAUUAAAGUCAUUUCGGAAUAUCCUGACAUCGCUAAGAGAGCACUGAAACAAACAAAACAAGCUCACGCCUCCCACUGAUUCAGCGGGUGAGUUGUAUUUUCCCUGCACUUAACACAAUGUGGCUAAAAACAAAUGUUAUUUUAUAUUUGCUGUAUUUUUCCGCCGCACAUUGCCGGUGUUCUGACAAAUUUGGCAUGCGCGUAAAGUUAAAAAUGACCGCGAAUGCAGCAAUUCCAAAGUACACACUACAAACUUUUUUUAAAGAAAGGAAUAUUAACUUACGUUCGCCACGUUAGCUGCACACAACAACUGCACGCAGCUCUCUCACUUAACAACUUCGCCGUGUCGUUAAGCAUUCAUUUACGCCAUUUUCGUGUUGCACAUGUAUGUUUAUGAUGUAAAUAGUUUUUAGCACCGUUGGAUAACAUUAAGUCCAACUAAAUAUAACAGACGGCUUUUUUCACCGCCACAAAAGCUUUGGGAGCAAAAUUUUAUAAGGGUGCAAAAUUUGCCAGAAUACCGGUCCGUGAGAAAAAAGAGCCAAGUCACACUGGUCUGUGGUGCAAAAAAGGUUGGGGACCCCUGCCUUAGCCAAGCCGUACUAGAUUCGCAUUCACUUUGUAGUUUGUUUCAGUCAUCCAGCUUGGCUCUAAAGUGUUCCUGCGUCGUCCCUUCUCCACUGAGGUCUCAUUCUUCCUUCUCUCGGCUCCGAAGACAAUUUAAGGCCACAUUUACACCACAACGGUCUUACACAAUAACGCAAAAGUGGCGUUUUGCUGUUAUUUUAAUUCCGUGUUUAUGACCGUUAUGCGUAGGGAAGACUGCGUGCACACGGAUGCGCAAAAGUGCAUGAAACCUCUUAUUUGCUGAUGCAUUUUCAAUUUUUUGCAUGUUUAGCCCCACAAAACGCCAUCUCCAUGUAAACGACAGGGCUCUCUGGCAAUGUUUUUGCGUUGUCACCCCCGUUAGCGUGUAAAUGGCCCCUAAGACCAGAUUUCUGUAGCUACUUGUAUAGCUUAUAAAAGUACCUAUGAUGGGUUGGAAAAGCAAGCCGAAUAAAUUGAAAUAAAAACGCACCUAGAACCAGAGGUGGGUAGUAACGCGUUACAUGUACUUCGUUACAUUUACUUGAGUGACUUUUUGAGAAAAAUGUACUUCUAAGAGUAAUUUUACGAAGUCAUACUUUUUACUUGAGUAGAUUUGUGGAAAAAAAAAUGCUACUUUUACUCAGCUACUUUGAGCUCCACAAGCGUCGUUACAUUUAUCCUCUUUAUAUUACAUAUUACUACUACAUAUGUAUUUUUUUUUUUUUGCUAGCGAUGCCAAGAGUAGAUCUACUAAUUUCACCAAUGAGACAUUACAGCAAUAAUCACUUGACUGUAUUACACCAAUCAGACGCAAGCUUGCGGUUCUAUGAUCACGCAAGCCUGUUCAAUCACACAUCUUUAAAGCACCGUAAUAAAUUUAGUAUUUGACAUAGAGCGCUGCCCUCAACAUGAUUCGAAAGCGCGGAUCCCAGUUUUUAUUUGGCACCGAUUGACCACGCUUUUCAAACUAGGAACUAUUUUCUCCACUAGAGGGCAGGGCACUCAUGCUCUUUGGACGAAUAAUGCUUCAUUACUGUGUUUUUUUGUCUCUCUUUAAUCCAAUGAUAAUUUUUUUAUUUACCGUAUUAGCCCGAAUAUAAGACGGUGUUUUUUGCAUUGAAAUAAGACUGAAAAAGUGGGGGUCGUCUUAUAUUCAUGGUCUAGACGUUAUACCCAUUCACGACGCUAGAUGGCGCCAUUGAAGCGAUGGUCUGUCAUGAGAGAUCUCGGCUACUCUGAAGUUUAACUAGUUUGCAUUAUUUUAUUGCAAUGUUUAUCCUUAUUCAGAUUUGUUUCAAGACUACAGUUAAAGUUAGACUUCACUUUGAUGGUUAAUGCAGUUAUUGCAAUUUUGUUGUUUUAUCACAAUAGAUUGGUUUAUUUACAUUUCAAAAACCAGAAGCCAUUCAUUUAAGAAUGUGAUUGCACUUUAGUUUACAUAUUUAAAUGUUCAGAUAUUAAGAUUUGAAUGAGGCAAAAUAACAUGCUUUUUCUCUCAAAUAUGUUGUUAUAAUCAUUACUGUAAUUAUUUUCUGUAUAAAAAUUAAUUUGGUGCUCAAAAAUUGUUUUCUCAAACUUGAGUCUUGAAAAAUGAGGGGGUCGUCUUAUAAUCAGGGCCGUCUUAUAUUUGGGCCAAUACGGUAUUUGUCUUAAUGCAGUUAUGUAAUGGGUUAUUGUACAGUAUCAUUAUAACAACAGUUAUUAAAGAUACGUUUGUGCUGGGAGAAAAGAUGCCAUUGUUUUAAAAAAAAACAUAAAUAAGCAGUUACUCACUGUUACUCAUUACUUCAGUAUUCUUUUCACUGGAUACUUUUUUACUCGUACUUGAGUACAUUUUUUUGGAUGACUACUUUUACUCUUAUUUGAGUAAUAUUAUUUUGAAGUAACGCUACUCUUAAAAGUAAAAUUUUUGGCUACUUUACCCACCUCUGCAUAGAACUUAAUACAUUAAGUCAAACAACUAAAUCGAUAAUAAUUUCGUAUCAUUAUAAUUGUAGUUAUAAAUAAUAAGCUUACCCUUUCUUGGUGUCUCUUACUCUUUCUUCUUAAUCAUAAGCCAAGAGUGCUCUGUAGCACCUAGUCAUGGGUAAUCUUUACUCCGUGCUCAAUGUUAAAUAAUAUUUUGGAAGAUAUACAAGUAUAUUUUACCAGCGCAUAGGUUGCUCCUGAGUAUAGGUCGCAUGCCCAGCCAAACUAUGAAAAAAAGUGUGACUUAUGGUCCGGAAAAUACAGCAGUGUUCCAGUUGUGUAAAUGUAUAGCUAUUUAAGAGGCCUUUAACAUAUGGAUAGAUAUUUUCGUAACUCAGGUUGGGUUUCCAAACUGAUUUGAACAGUAUAGUCAGCAUAAGUGCACAAUGAAACCAGUCAAAAUCACAUAGUGUAAUCCAAAAACAUGUAUUGACUGUGAUUCCCGAUCUCCCUGCUGAAUACUGCAGUCCUAACAAUGUCCUUCUUAAAUUCAUCACCAACUCUGUGAUAUGCUUGACAAGCUGUAUAUUAGUUACUUAGUCAUUUUUAGUGCUUGUUGCUCCAGUAAGUGGGCAGUUUAAAGAAAAGUCAAUAUUUAUACUGUAUGAGUGUUCAAGAGUAAAUAUCUAAUCAGCAUUGCCAGACUAUCAGUAGCCCUUCAGUAUUAUAGAGUAUGGAAGGAUAUUGCAUUACAGCAUAUUAGCUACAGUUGUGCAGUGAUGAGUUUCACAUAAUAUGGUUUAAAAUUUUAUUUAAAAGGUAGCAAUCUGCACUUCAUCCUCACUGAUGUGUGCUUUUUGAGGUAAAAAACAAGUGUUUCUUCCUGACCGUUGUCACAAUGACUACAAAACACUGUAUUAUGAGUGUGCCUGUAUAGUACUUAUAGAAUGUUCCGGUAUUUGGUCAUUAGUGUUGCACGGAUACCAAUUUUGGCUCCCAAUUCUGUGUUGUAUCGGCCGAUACUGUACCAUUACAACGAUUUUUUGAGAUUUUUUUCAUUUAAUACAAAAUUUCUACACACUUACUUGAAUGUAAAAUAAUUCAAUCAUGGCUUGGUCAGACACUGUUUAACUCAUUGGCUGCCACUGACUGCACUAGACGUCCAAUCCAUUUGAAGUGGUAGGGUGGCAGCGAAUAAACGAAUAUUCGCUUCCACCCUACCACUUCAAAUGGACUAGAUGCCUACAUGUACUAAAUUCAUAUAAAAUCACAGUUAGAAGAAUGAUUAGAUGCCACACAAUCGGAUUUCUAUCAUUAUCUUAAAAAGGGAGACAAACGCUUCUUUUUUUACGACAGUAUACGUAGCUGGUGGCCAUCUUGGGUAGGGCAACUGGUAGUUGGAAACGAAAUCUCAAAAAGUACAUAUUGCGCGGCAUCGGCACGUUAUUUCUUAGUAAUCCCCUAUACCGAUAAUGUCAUUUUAGUGCCGUAUCGGUGCAACACUAAUUGUCACCUCACAAAAGCAUGUUUUAUUCUGUGCCGUUGACCCAACUGUUUUUUUUUAGGUUCUCACAUAACUUGAGCUCAUCCAAUGUUUUAUAAUGUUCAAAGUCAGCUGACCUUCUCUCCUAUUACAGAGCAACAGGAACAUGAUUGUGUAAAACAACUUGCUUGUGUCAUUUUGUGCGUCGUAACACAUCACAGGAUGUAUGAAUGUACGAUAUUUGAAUGUGAUGCCGUGUAUGCAAAAUAUGGUGAAAGGUCAUCGUGAGUUGACGUAUUGCAUAAGAAGGAUUGUAAAUAUUGUAAAAUAAGAGAUAGACUGCAUCUGAUGAGAGCUUCAGAUGAAGCAUUUUUAGUUACGUGCAGCGUUUUAUCUACCUGAAGGAUUUUGUCACAGUGUGAAACAUUACUGAGCACAGGAAGUUUGAUGCAUAGGAACAUUACGCUGCCAUUCGUGAGCUCAUAAUGCCUUAUGUUUGAUGCAAAAUUGUGCCUCAUUUUAUUCAUGAGUAUUUCUGAAAUGUAUCUGUCAAAUACUUACGUUGUCAUGCUUUCCCGAUUUAGUUCUAGUCUCUAUAGUGGAAGUAUGUUCACUGAGAACUUGUUUUACUGAGCAAGUAUCAAAAGCGUGAAAUAUUGCUUUCAAUUUAAUGAUCAUGCUAUGAUUGAAUUUGUGUGCAACACAAAACCUGCAACGAGUUUGGUUUGUUUGCUUCCAUUUGCAGUGUUGUUACAUUGACAAUAUGAAAAUAAAGAUGCUAUACACUGC